CGGCAGUACUUUGGAAUGAACUGAACCGAUCCGUGACUUAGUGCAUAAAAUCCCUGUUGGGCUCUUGCAGUGGAGCAGAGGAGCUUGAUGGAUGCAGAGAUAAAGAAGAGAAGGAGGGCAAGGGAAGCGCAGACUGCUACAAAUCCGCACUUCAGAAGCAGCAGCCUCUUUUUCACUACAGUAAAGGAGUUCUUUUCAUCAUGUUGAGGAAGACCUCAGAGCGGCUGAAGGGAGACAGAGAGGUCCUCCUGGAUCUGGAGACUGGGGGUGAAGCGCAGACCACAGACAGCUAUGGGAGUCUGCAGAAUGGGAGCUUCAUCCCACCACGAUAUCUUUCAGCUGCAGCUGCUGACGGAGAUAUGGAUGGUGACAAUUCCAUUUACAUGCACUCUCUUACAACAAGUAAGCAACCAGUUCCACAGCUGGGGAAUUACUUCAGAGAUGGACAAACUAAGAUUGACUUCGUACUGGUGUGGGAGAUUCGUUCGCGGAGGAAGCGGCGAGAGAAAGGGAAAAAUAUGGCUCCCGGCGUGGAGGGGGAAGCCGUUCCCACUGAGGAGAGCAGCAGGUCUGAACGAAGGAAAGCACAACUGUCACAGUGGAGAGAGAAGUUUGUUCAGAAUCUGGAGAGUGUUGGGCUGCUCAUGGAAAAGGAGGAAACGUCAAAUGAAAAGAAAACUAUACACUUUCUUAAAAUUAGCGCCCCCUGGGACGUGUUGGUGUGUUAUGCAGAGGAACUUUGCCUUAGAGCGCCACUGCAAGCGCAGCCACAUCUAGACCUGAACACAUCCGCUCGGGUCCUGAGCAAACUAUGCGUACCUAACGUAAUGACGGAGUCGGUGCCAAACAGGCCUCUGGAUUAUUACACGUGUGCCUUUCGCAAGUCAAAGAUGAGCAGAUUCCUUGGCUGUGAAGAUCAUGAAACAUAUUUCACCAACACACAGAGGCACCGUGUUGUCUAUGAGAUUCUUGCCAGGACAGCAUAUGGCAAAAGGAAGAAGGCUGAAGUAGGAGUGGACAGACUGUUGAACGAAGGGGCGUACACUGCAGCUUUCCCGCUACAUGAGGGCCCAUUUCAGCUUCCAAAGCAUGAGGUCCGUCCUGAUGAGCUGAACCAGAGGCAGGUUCUCUACUACUACUGGGCUCGCUGGUUCAAAUGGUACAAGUAUCAGCCGCUGGACCAUAUCAGGGAGUACUUUGGAGAGAAGAUUGCACUCUACUUUGCAUGGCUGGGUUUCUACACAGCCUGGCUGCUGCCGGCAGCAGUGGUUGGAACUCUGGUCUUUGUGUCUGGAGUGAUGUCCAUGGGCACCAACACACCAGCGAAGGAAAUCUGUAACAGUGGAGCUACUUAUAUGAUGUGCCCACUCUGUAAAACAUGUAAGGCCUGGAACAUGUCUGACAUCUGUACCUUGGCUCAGCUGGGCUACUUAUUCGACCACCCGGGCACAGUGUUUUUCAGUGUGUUCAUGUCGUUCUGGGCUGUAACCUUUCUGGAGUACUGGAAGAGAAAAAUGGCCACUCUGGCACAUCACUGGGACUGUAUGGACUUCCAUGAAGAGGAGGAGCGUCCACGGCCAGAGUUUGCAGCCAUGGCCCCCACUAUGGAGCAAAAUCCAGUGACUGGGGUCAAAGAGCCCUACUUUCCAGAAAAGACCAGGCUGUCUCGCAUGUUCACUGGCUCCAUGGUUAUCAUAAUGAUGCUGUGUGUGGUGAUAAUCUUCCUGGUGACGGUGGUCAUGUGCCGCGGUAUCAUCAGCGUGGUGAUGUUUCACACCGGGAGCCCUGUACUGCGGACAGAGGCAGGGACCAUAGCCAACAUCUCCAGCAGUAUUGUAAAUCUGGGGCUCAUACUGCUGAUGGGGCAGGUCUAUACUGCAUUAGCUGAGCAGCUCACUAAAUGGGAGAUGCACCGAACACAAACGCAGUAUGACAACGCUUUCAUCUUCAAGGUGUUCAUCUUCCAGUUUGUCAACUUCUACUCGUCUCCCUUUUAUGUGGCUUUCUUUAAAGGAAGGUUUGUGGGUUACCCCACCAACUACGGGACCUUGUUUGGGAUGAGAAAUGAAGACUGUGGUGCUGGGGGUUGCCUCAUUGAACUGGCUCAACAACUUUUCAUCAUAAUGGUGGGAAAGCAGCUUAUCAACAACGUUCAGGAGUUCAUUAUACCUAAAGUGAAGGCCUGGCGUCAGAAGAGAACUCUGGCCAAAGUGCUGGGUGGCAAGGCAUCCCAUGAGCCUCGGCGCUGGGAAGAAGAUUACAAGCUGGUUGAGUGUGAGGGCCUGUUUGAAGAGUACCUGGAGAUGGUGCUCCAGUUUGGCUUCAUCACCAUCUUCGUGGCGGCGUUCCCACUCGCUCCGCUCUUUGCCCUCCUCAACAACUGGGCGGAGAUUCGUCUGGAUGCCCACAAGUUUGUGUGCGAGUACCGCCGGCCGGUGGCCGAACGCGCGCAAAACAUCGGAGUCUGGUUUAACAUACUGGAAGCCCUGUCGCACCUGUCUGUCAUUGCCAAUGCUUUCCUAAUAGCCUUCACAUCAGAUUUUUUACCUCGCCUGCUGUAUGAGUACAAGUUUGACAAUGAUCUCAACGGAUACGUCAACUUCACCCUGGCUUACGCCCCACUGAACUACACAGAGUACCCUUUGUGCAGAUAUAAAGCAUUCAGAGACAACAAUGGAAGCUACACACUGUUUUACUGGGAGCUCCUUGCAGUCAGACUCGGCUUUAUUAUUGCAUUUGAGCAUGUGGUGUUCUUCGUACUGCGAGCCAUUGACUGGAUCGUACCUGAUGUCCCUGAGUCGCUGGAGCUGAAGAUCAAGAGGGAGCGCUACCUAGCUAAGCAAGCUCUGGCUGAAAACCAGGAGGCCCUGUUGGUGAGUCGAGCCCGAAGGGCCGCCACUGCCACUCCAGGCACCUCCAGCCCAGCAAGCGACGCGUCCUUUGGAAACAUGAGUUAGGACUCCGCUUUGGAAAAGGACUCAACAUCGGUGAAAUAUAAGACAUUCCUUUGCAUCUGGGAUAAGUGGAAUACUGUGUUGGGAUUGGUUUUCAUAUCAUCAAUAAAUAUGCAGCUGCACAGAUCCGUGAUAAGCAGGUGAACCCUCCAGUGUAUCCUUCCUGUUCAUAUCAAUGUUUCACCGACAUAUCUCGAUUCCGUCUUUGAUCUCCUGGUUAUUUCAAGCAUCAUCAGAGUCUGAUGUUUCUUUAUAAGAGCAAAGGGCAUAUAUUUAUAAAACAUAAAUCUAUAUAUUGAUGAAUAAUAAAACAAAAAUAUGUGGGUAAAAUUAGCAUUUUGAUUGGCUCCCAGCAGCUACAGCAUGCAUUGAUAAUGCGACAGUAUCUGAGUCCAGUCAGAACUUCACCGGUCUGAGACUUGAAGCGAUGUGUGUGUCCCACGCAGUCCCAAAGUCUGAACCCUUGAAUCAGAUCUAUUAAAAUCAUGUCAUAAUCACAAGUCAUAAUGUCAAAUUGCAUAACUUCCCAUUUGCAGUGUUUUUCAUAGUAUUAUUAUUGGGGUACCCAAAAGACCUGAUAUUUAAUCAAAGUCUGAUUACCCUGAUUUUCUGGGGCCUUACAAAGCUCCUCUAAAGGGACAGAAGACUUUAAAGAGCUGAUUACAAGAGAUCUGCAGAUUACUUCUUAAUUGUGUAUGAUUAUUAUCUUUCUGAUGACUGCUGACUUGAGGUCAAAGUUCACUUUCUUUGGAUCACCUGCGACUGCAAGAUUGCAAACAGUCCUUUUUUACUUUAACUGUUCAUGUUUACAAGGCUCUCAUUGUUCACUGACUGUAUUAUUACCACAUAGUUUAUGCUGUGUUUUCACCCAGCACUAAGCAUGCCAGUGUUUUCUACAUGAA